UAGAUCCAAUAAACGAAUCGUGUCGCUAGUUUGGUGCUCUUCGAAAACUUGUUAAAAGAAAAUUUAAGCAAUUGUGAUCUCACGACGCAAUUCUGUUAAAAUUUUCCGUGAGCCGCAAGUGAACUUAAUAAUAAUAGCAUUAUAAUAGAGAAAGCUACAUGUUGUAUUAUUUGUAAAGUUAAUAAUAUAUUGCGAAUAUAUUAUAAUAUAUAUGUACAUACGGAAAAUUUUAUGUCCACAUAUAUAUGUAUACAUAUAUUAUUCGUAUGUUGUUUUUUUUUUCACGUGCAAGGUGCCGAAAGAUAUUUUGACGAUAUAUGUAUUAUCACCAAGUGCAUGUAUAGAGACAUUAUUCUAGAAACAGUACCUAAGUUGACAUUCGUAGUGCGCGGCUCCGAUUUCGUUCUUGUAAACAUGGUGUUUGACUUUAUGGAAAAAAUUUGUUUUUUUUGCACGAGAUUGAUUGGUGGUUAACUGGAUAAAGAUUUGACUGAUAACGCAGUAAUUACAUGAUUAAGUGAUUGUUGUCGAAACUGAUAAAUCAUGUGAAUUUUCAUCGAAUUUCAACAAGUAGCUGUGUGAUUUAAUAAUAAACUUGGACAAUCUUGGUAUAUAUUAUCAUGGAACAAGUAGAUAUCUCACAAGUGCAUAGUUGUGAAGAUGAAGGAAAAUCUAAGAAUGUUGAUGUACAAAAGACACAAAUCACAAUUCAAGAUAUGAAAGUUAAUGCUGUUGAAGAAGAAAAAGAUUUGUCAAAUGUAUGUAAGCUAGGUGCAGAAGAAUCUGCAUUUGCAGUGGACAAUGAUUGUAUUAAAAUAGAGGUUACAUCAAAAUGUGAUGUACUUGCUGAAAAACUUGAUGGCGAUAAUCAAGUAGUAUCUAAACCAGAAGUAGAACGUUGUACCCCAGGUAGAGAUGAGACUGAAGUCUGUGAACAAAUAAAAGAUGAUAUUGUACAGUCAAAUUAUGAAUCACAAAAUUUAACUGCUGAGGAAGACCAAAGCCCAAGUGUGAUAACCAAAUCUAAAGUAGUAGAAAUAAAUGAAGCCAAUGUUUUAGAAAGCAACUGUAACAUAAUAGAAGAUAUGGAUCAAUCUAAUGCUGUAGAAAAACAGAAUUUGCUAGAGGAGUCUAGAUUUAUCAAACAUUCUGGGGGCCAGAUAGAUGACUCAGUUGGAGAAGAAGUUAAAGAAAUUCAUAAUGACAGUAAUCAAAACAGCUCCGUAGUUACGGAUGCUGAACUGACCAAACUAGUACAAGAAGAGACGGAAAUGGUUGUAGUUUUGGAAACUAUUCCAGAUUCUACAGACACUACAACAGACAAUUACAUUGUCACACUAGAUGAAAAAGAUAAAGAAUAUGCUGAAGAUACUGUAGUUACCGUGCAGGAAAGAAAAAUUACAAAAACUGACGUCGACGAAAUCGAAGUAAUUGAUUGCAGUCAAGAGAGUUGCGAUACUAUAAUAGAAGUAACUGUUUCGGAACAAUGUGAGCAAGAUAACAAAGAUUGUGCGGGAAAUAAAUGUGAUACUGAAGUUGUAGAAAUAAAAGAAAUUGUUCUUGAAACAAAUAUAACUAAUGAAAAUCUUAAAGCAAAAGCACUUGAUAGUAAAACUUUGAUUAGUUCUGAUAGUAAAAAAGAUGACGAUAUCGAUGUUAUCACAGAAGAAGAGAUUAUAAAUAAGAAAAACAUUAAUUUGAUACACAAGACAGAUUCUUUGCAAGUUGAAGAUACUGUUAAACAGUCGUCUGAGCAUAAUAAAGAAUCUACAACAUCUCACAAAACAAGUAACUCGUCAGCAGAGAAAAGAAGUGUUAUUCAAGAUAUCUUUGAUGACUGGCGCGAUGAGAAUGCGGAUGACGAAACGCCAUUACCGUCGAAAAUACAAGAUUCCUUAGAGCUUCAAUUAGAAAAUUUGUUAGAUGACACGAAAACGAAUAACUCGGUUACGACUCCUCAGAAAAAGAUUUCUUCCACCGAUCGGGAACACGCUGCGGAUGAAGCACAUAAUGUAACAAACCCAACUGAGACAAGUGCAAUGACUGACAAAACGGAAAAUCAAAAGAAUAAUAAAGUAAUUGAUGAUGACGCGAGACGUUCGUUGAACAAAAAUGAAAAAAAUUCCCUAGCAGCAGCUACGAAAUCUUCGCUUAAUGUGACAAUGCCUAAAAACCGUUCUCGGCAUUUGACUAGUCAGAUAGCGUCGCCAGCGGAGGUGACAGAGGUAUUGAAGGAAAGGCUUCGUGAAAAGCAGAAAAACGUAGAUACAGAACGCAAGCCAGAUAUUUUUUUUGUAAAAAAACUGGCGCAGAGACUGUCCAGCAAAUUGGCAGGAACUCAGUUAUGUGCCGUAUCGACUAAGUUGACAGAGAAUCAGGUGUGUGCCGUGCCAGGUCUCAUACCACUUACCUCUUCUAUUUCUCCCUCGUCUGCAUCUGUACAGGCAGAUAAUUCUGAGAACAAAAAGACAGCAGAAAACAUGACAGUGGAAAGCAAAGAUGGUAAUUCCGAUAACAAGGAGUUGUUGGCUAUCCUGGAGGGCGACGUUGAUCCUGACUGGUCUAAUUUGAAACCUCCAACUCUCACAGAAGAAAGCAAAACUGUGUCUACUGAAGAAUGUUCUGAUCCGCUUGGUCCACCAAAACUUGACCCAUUAGUGGAACGAGAAUUGGCACUGAAGCAGCUACUUGAGCUACCCGUAACGCCGUCCAAGAAAAAUUCAUCGAAAAAAAAGAAAAUUUUCCAGCCAUCACCAAACAAGGAAUCAAGAGAUACCGCGACAAAAAGUCCGGUCGCUAUUCAAGAGCAGAAAAAAGUUGCCGAUGUAAGUGUUACAAAUGAAAACACACAAGCGAAUACAAAAUCUGAGAUUGAUUUAUGUUCUCCGACUGAAGAAAAGAUUGAGAGAAAUCGGGAAACUGAACAGACGGGACGAGUAGAAGAGUCGAGAUCAGGCAGAAAGCGCAAACCUACAGAAAAAGCGAGAGAACACGAGCAAAACACGAUAAUAAAGCGGCAAAAAGUAUACAGAGGCAAACUAUCGAUGAACAAGAAGCAGGAAAAUAAUGCUACUUCAGACAACAGCUUAACUGAGAAUCACAUAGCGACAAGUGAGAAAAAAGUUGACGUUGUAAAUGACGAUACAUCAACCGUCACUAAUAACAAGUUGGAACAUGAGGUAGACUCGAUCUUGAAGAUGAGACGAGCUAAACAGAAUCUUUCAAGAAAAGGAUCGAUCACCAAAAGAAAAAUGGUAGUCAAGAAAUUACUGCGCCAGAAAAUUUCGACUACCAAAAAGCCCGUUCAAUUAAAGACCAAACUGGUUCAGUCAUCGAAGCAUUCUCCGAAGACUGUUCCAAAAUCGCAAAAGCGAACGACCGAGGGCGAGGCAAAGCCCAAGAAGAAGAGCAUAAACGAGAUUGAUAGAUUGCUGCAAGAUGAGGGAGUCGUCAAUUUGUUAUACGACGUGGAGCAGCCAGACAAGAAACGUCUAAUACCCAUCACCAAGUCACGCGCGAAAGUGAUGGACUUGCAGAAGGUGCAACGCGAACUUAAAAUUAGAAAAAAGCUCGUUCGCAAUGCCGUGCUACGAUUGCGCACGUCGACAAUCGCAGGUGUCACGAAAGCAUCGCCGAGAUCGAAGCGAACGGCAGUCCAUCUUGAUGCAACUCAAGCGGACAAGAAGCUACAGGCGGAGCAGAUGGCAUCGCCGAAAACUCCGAACGCUAUUGUCUCACCUAUGGAAUAUAUUCCAGCAAAGAUCAGGAACGCAGCUGAUGCGUCCGUUAUUGUAAGAAGGCAUUCAUCGAGCUCGUUUUCGAGCGCGUCGGGAAGUCCUCGAGUUAGCAUCGACACGCCGGAUAAAUUAACAGAGGCCGGCAAGUCGGACGACAGAGCAAUUCACGCUUUGAGAUCUGCUAAAAAAAGACAAGACGAGAAAACUAUAAUAAAGAGAAGUAAAAAGAGAAAGUCUGAUACUGAUAUUGUUACUAGUAAUAGUAUUGUCGCUACUAGUAGUAGUAAUGUCAGUGCUAACAAUACAGAGGAAAAAGUUGUUGCACGUCCUAAGAAAUCGGAAAUAAAAAAAGUUGAAAAGAUUGGCAAACAAGCGGUGUCAACACUUGAAGACAAUGUUUCGAGUAAAGUGACGACCAGAUCGUCGAACGGUGGAAUGAUGGGGAAAGUAUCAGGAAAAAAUAAAAGGGUCAUAAAGAAUAAAGCUAUUGCCAAAACAGAUGAUAUUAAUAACGUUGAAGAUCCCUCUAAAGAGGAGACUGAAUUAGCUGUCUGUCUUGCUGAGGCGGUUUCUGCUCUUUCGGUUGUCAGUUCCAACGGUCGAUCCGGAAAUGUUGCAACUAUGAAAAAGAACAAAGUAACUGCCAAUAUUGUAAAAACAACAAACUCAGAUUUUAACAAAACAAAAGAAACACAAAGUCAAUUCAGCAAUAAAGAAAUACAUGUUCGUCGACACGGUAAUCUCGUACAAUUAAUACUUACACCAUCUUCUUUGACAAAAGUAAGAAACGCUCUGACACUGCAAGUAAUGCAAGAGUUCAGAGAAGCUUUGUCGAUAUUAAAAAGAGAUGAUGAAUGCAGAGUAGUCCUGUUAACUUCUACGGGUACAAGUUUCUGCGAAGGUCUUGAUCUCUCAACAUUGCUCCAUGCAAAUAAGGAAGAACGACGAUCCGUUGCUCAGAAGUUGGCACAUGCUGUCAAGGAGUUUAUUAAAAGUUUAGCUACUUUUAAUAAGCCGAUAGUGGCUGGUGUGCAAGGAGCCGCAAUCGGACUAGGAGUGACGAUGUUACCUCUUUUCGAUCUUGUAAUUGCUAGCGAUAAAGCAACGUUUUGUACUCCUUAUGGAAAGUUGGGACAAAUCGCUGAAGGAGCUGCAAUCUUCACCCUCUCACAUAUAUUGGGCAGUGCAAUUACAAGCGAACUUCUCUUGGCUGGAAGAACUUUAACGGCAAAUGAAGCGUUAAGAGCUGGUCUUGUUACUCGAGUUUUAUGGCCUGAUCGGUUUCAAGAGGAUUUGUUACCAUCGCUGCGAGCUAUGAGCGAUCAAUCGUCGCAGUCUAUGGAAGCAACAAAGGCUCUACUACGUCAUACUCUUCGAAAGAAAUUAGAUGCUGCGCUUGAAUCAGAAACAUAUUUACUGAUUCAACAUUGGUGUUCGGCAGAAUGCCAAGCUGCUAUAAAAGCUUACAUUGAUGGAAAAACUCAAUAAAUAAUGUGCAAAUACUAUUGGUUAUUCGUGAUCCAAUCUGUGUUAGAAAGUGGGAGUGAUAAUGUGUGAAUAAUGAUGAAGAACAUACAUGUCCAACAAACAUUAUAUCACUAAGCUUGGAAUAUUGAGGUACUCGGAUCCACCCGCCUAAAUUGAUUUACUUGUUACGUACAAGCUGGUAGAAUCAGUUCUACAGAUACUCGCAUCAUACGGGUAUAUAGAUACAUAUAUCCCACGGAUAUUUUGCAUUGUUUGAGAGUGUUUGUGUCAUAGCAAAUACAACUCACGCAUGUUGUGUUAUUUUGUGUGUGUGUGUGCGCGCGCGCGUGCGUGUGUAUGUGUGCGUGUGCGUG